AUGUCAUUAUUCCUAAAUCUGAUGACAUCAUAUAGAAUAAUUGUUAAAUCUGCUGUUUCUCAACCGCUCUACACAGCCUCAUUUUACGGGGAUGGAUAUGUGCAGCUGAAGACUGUGGAGUUAUCCAGCCGAACGUCGCUCCAUGUGCGCUUCCGCACCUCAAGUCACAGCGGACUCCUUUUCCUGGCUGCCGGGGAGACAGACUUCCUCCUGCUAGAGCUGCACUCUGGUCGCCUGCAGGUGAGAACACACCUUACAGACAAACAGACAUGCCAUAGCUCAGAGAUUGCAGGUGAGAACACACCUUACAGACAAACAGACAUGCCAUAGCUCAGAGAUUGCAUGUGAGAACACACCUUACAGACAAACAAACAUGCCAUAGCUCAGAGAUUGCAGGUGAGAACACACCUUACAGACAAACAAACAUGCCGUAGCUCAGAGAUUGCAGGUGAGAACACACCUUACAGACAAACAAACAUGCCAUAGCUCAGAGAUUGCAGGUGAGAACACACCUUACAGACAAACAAACAUGCCAUAGCUCAGAGAUUGCAGGUGAGAACACACCUUACAGACAAACAGACAUGCCAUAGCUCAGAGAUUGCAGGUGAGAACACACCUUACAGACAAACAAACAUGCCAUAGCUCAGAGAUUGCAGGUGAGAACACACCUUACAGACAAACAAACAUGCCUAAGCUCAGAGAUUGCAGGUGAGAACACACCUUACAGACAAACAGACAUGCCAUAGCUCAGAGAUUGCAGGUGAGAACACACCUUACAGACAAACAUACAUGCCAUAGCUCAGAGAUUGCAGGUGAGAACACACCUUACAGACAAACAGACAUGCCAUAGCUCAGAGAUUGCAGGUGAGAACACACCUUACAGACAAACAAACAUGCCAUAGCUCAGAGAUUGCAGGUGAGAACACACCUUACAGACAAACAGACAUGCCAUAGCUCAGAGAUUGCAUAUUACUUCAUAGACUCAGAGCAAUGCUCACACUACAUGCUACACACUACACCCUACACACUACACUCUUAGAAAAUCAUAAAAAACCUAAACGGUUCCAGGUAGAACCCUUUUGGGUUCCAUGUAGAACCCUUUCCACAGAGGGUUCUACAAGUAGCCUAGCGGUUAAGAGCGUCUGCCAUUCUGCCCUUGAGCAAGGCAGUUAAACCCCAACAACAACUGCUCCCUGGGCGCCGAUGACGUCGAUUAAGGCAGCCCCCUGCACCUCUCUGAUUCAGAGGGGUUGGGUUAAAUGCGGAAGACACAUUUUGGUUGAAUGCAUUCAGUUGUGCAACUGACUAGGUAUCCCUUUCCCCAAAAGGGUUCUAACUGGAACUUAAAAGGGGACAGCUGAAGAACCCUUUUGGAACCCUGCUUUCUAAGAGUGUACCUAUUGUCCAGACUGUACAUACUAAAGAGAUCAGGAAAUACUGUCACUGUAGAGACGUCUCCAACAAAAUCAGUUCUGACCACUGUGAUCAUGUAUAACUCAGUACUGCUCUUAGCACUACUACUUUGGAGCGCAGACAAGCCACAACAAUCAUUUUCUCUAGACUACAGAUUGUGAACACCCCUUCAAAUUAGUGGAUUCGGCUAUUUCAGCCACACCCGUUGUUGACAGGUGCAUAAAAACGAGCACACAGCCAUGCAAUCUCCAUAGACAAACAUUGGGAGUAGAAUGGCCUCACUGAAGAGCUCAGUGACUUUCAACGUGGCACUGCCAUUGGAUGCCACCUUUCCAUCAAGUCAGUUUGUCAAAUUUCUGCCCUGCUAGAGCUUCCCCGCUCAACUGUAAGUGCUGUUAUUGUGAAGUGAAAACGUCUAGGAGCAACAACGGCUCAGCCGCGAAGUGGUAGGCCACACAAGCUCACAGAACGGGACCACCGAGUGCUGAAGUGCGUUGUGCUUAAAAUCGUCUGUCCUCGGUUACAACACUCACCAACAAGUUCCAAACUGCCUCUGGAAGCAACGUCAGCAUAAGAACUGUUCGUCGGGAGCUUCAUGAAAUGGGUUUCCAUGGCCGAGCAGCCGCACACAAGCCAAAGUUCACCAUGCCCAAUGCCAAGCGUCGGCUGGAGUGGUGUAAAGCUCGCCGCCAUUGGACUCUGGAACAGUGGAAACGCGUUAUCUAGAGUGAUGAAUCACACUUCACCAUCUGGUAGUCCGACAGACAAAUCUGGGUUUGGCGGAUGCCAGGAGAACACUACCUGCCCGAAUGCAUGGUGCCAACUGUAAAGUUUGGUGGAGGAGGAAUAAUGAUCUGGGGCUCUUUUUCAUGGUUCGGGCUAGGCCCCUUAGUUCCAGUGAAGGGAUUGGUGUGGAAGAACUUGACUGGCCUGCACAUAGCCCUGACCUCAAUCCCAUCGAACACCUUUGGGAUGAAUUGGUGUGCAGACUGCGAGUCAGGCCUAAUCGCCCAACAUCAGUGCUCGACCUCACUAAUGCUCUUGUGGCUGAAUGGAAGCAAGUCCCCGCAGCAAUGUUCCAACAUCUAGUGAAAAGCCUUCCCAGAAGAAUGGAGGCUUUUAUAGCAGCAAAGGGGGGACCAACUCCAUGUUAAUGCCCAUGACUUUGGAAUGAGAUGUUUGACGAGCAGGUGUCCACAUACUUGUUGUAUAUAGUGUAUAUAGACCGUUAUUAUCCUCAGAAUGGCCAAAGGUUAUGCUCCUAUUGCGCUCAUAGAAAAAAAGACCACAGUGAAUUUAAGGAUUUACCACAGUCCCUGACAAGUUCAUUCAUGAAUCUUGCUGGAAGAGACCACAGUCUGUUAAAUGUUAGUAUGUGCUGCAGCAUGUAGUUGAUGAGUGGCUUCACGUUUCACUGUAAAUGUGGUGGAAUAUAUGUCUGUCUUUUCAACCUGGUAUUCUGCUAGUGAUUACCCCUACUUCAGUGGAGGCUCCUCAGAGGAGGAAGGGGAGGACCAUCCUCCUCAGUGAAUUUCAUAAAAAUAAAAAUGGUAAAACAUUGAAAAACUAUACUAAAUAUAUUCACAUGUCACCAAAUAAUUGAUUAAAACACACUGUUUUGCAAUGAAGGUCUACAGUAGCCUCAACAGCACUCUGUAGGGUAGCACCAUGGUGUAGCCGGAGGACAGCUAGAUUCUUGGUACAUUGACUUCAAUACAAAACCUAGGAGGCUCUUGGUUCUCCCUCCCUUCCAUAGACUUACACAGUAAUUAUGACAACUUCCGGAGGACGUCCUCCAACCUAUCAGAGCUCUUGCAGCAUGAACUGACAUGUUGUCCACCCAAUCAAAGGAUCAGAUAAUUAAUCUAGUACCGAAAGCUUAAGAUACAGCUAGCUAGCACUGCAGUGCAUAAAAUGUGGUGAGUAGUUGACUCAAAGAGUGAGAAAGACAAUAGUUGAACAGUUUUCAACAAAUUAAUUUCUUCAAAAAUGAAGGAGAAGCAAGAGAAAGAGAGAGAUUUCGUUAUUCUUUUUCACUUUCACUUACUUAGCUAGCAAAUGCAGCUUGCUAGUUUAGUUACUCAAACACCAGGCUCAAACAGAGGGAUGCUAUGUUAGCUAGCUGGCUAUGACUAUCCAACACAACACUGGAACUCUUCCAAGUCAAGGUAAGCUUUUGGUUUGAUUAAUUUAUUACCACCGGGGCCCUCCAGUGUAGCGGGUUUACUAACGCAUUAGUUCUAUUACUAUUAGCUAUGUUGACGAGGGGAAAAUUAGAGUGUAGUCGCCUAAACCUAUCGAUGUUACAUUGAACUGGGUGAAUGGAAUAUGAAUGACAGUCAUCCAACAUGCUGUAAUAGAAAUAAGGCCAUGCUCAUGAAAAAACAAUCGUCCUCCCUCAUCAUAAACGGCACUGACCGCCACUGCUCUACUUAGGGUAUAUCAGACAGAAAUAUGCUGAGAACAACCUUGAUGUGCCACUUUCCUGAACCCUUCUGUCGUUUGAUGAUUUUUGUAACACAUCUGCUAUGUCAUCUUACAAAAUAACCACCAAUUAGUCUUUGGUAAUUGUUUAAUUCAAAAACGGUUAUUGAUACCUUCAUUUCUCCUUUAUCACUCGUUAUGUCAUUCCUUCUUUCUCGCAGGUUCAGUUGGAGUUGGGAUCAGGUGAGCGUACCCUCCGCUCUGAGAAGGGGGUCCAUCUGAACGACUUGGCCUGGCACUCUGUGGAGCUCCAACACGACCAGCACAACGUCACUCUGACGGUGGACCGCCACUCCUACACCAGCGUCCGGAUACCCGGGCCCGACCUGGACCUUAGUGUCCACGAUGGGUUGUUCGUUGGUGGGACGGUUGGCCUGGACAAACCCUACCUCCAUAGUGAUGAUGCCACAGGUUGGGUUAGAACCAAAAAAAAGUCAUUUAAGUCAUCUGGAAAUUAGAAUCAAUGACUAUAAAAUAUUCUUAUUAUUCUUCUCUUCCUCCUGCUCCUCCUCCUCUUCCUCCUCCUCCUAGGCUUCCGCGGCUGUGUGGAUGAGGUGCUCUUCAACCAGCACAACUUGCUCUCCAGCCUGCGGCCCUACUCAGGCUAUAAGAGUGUCCAUGAGGUGUCUCUGGGCUGCAGUUCUCAGUUCUCUGCAGGCGAAGACGACCCAAUUAGCUUCUUCAGUUCCAGGGCGUACAUGUCCCUGCCCCCGUGGGACGUCCCUCAGGAGGGGGUGUUGGAGUGUGAGGUACAUACCUCCUCCGAAGAGGGGAUCGUCCUGUACAGCUCUGCCCACCAGGGAGACUUUAUCGCCAUGGAGAUCCAAGAGGGGAGUUUGGUGGUUGUCGUUGGUAACGGCGGGACUAGGACGAUGCUGCACUCCCUCACGUAUGUCAACAACCAGAAAUGGCACCGGGUGAAACUACACCUGCUUCCUCACAGCCUGCAGCUGACUGUAGGUAAGGACGACCUGCACUGACCACGAUGGAAACAAGUAGUAAACCUUUAUUUUGUGUUGUCGUUGUUGAUUUUCAAUUCAGUGUAUCCACUUGUGUGACUGGAAUUUUAUUUUUGAAUUGUCAAAUUAGGGCUAGAGUUAGGGUUAGUGAAUAGUUACAGUAGGAUGAAUGUUGUUGACAGUUCGUUGAACAUCUACUGAACAUCUACAAAGCAUCUAUUUGGGACUAUUCAAAUAAAGUGAUAUCAAUGAAUUGUAUCUUUCUAGGUGAGGAGAUAGUCAACCACAGCCUGGAGGCUCAUUCCAAGGCCCUGCAGCUCCGAGGCCCUCUCUACAUGGGUGGUGUUGAUGACAGAUCAAGUUUAGAAGCCAGGAAGGCCGGCCUGCUGUCUUUCAAUGGGAAGCGACUGGCCAGUGGAGGAUCCUUCAAAGGCUGUCUGAGAGACAUCCGGGUCAAUGCGCAGAGGAUGGGGCUUCCCCACGCUGUAGUCACCAAAGACAUAUCUGUCGGCUGUGAGUUAGAGAAGCUUCCAGAAGCGAUCACCACUGUGAGCCCAACGGCUGUCCUCUCUGUCACCUUGCCAUUAGUCCACCAUCAUGGAUCAGACAGGAACAGGAAGAAGCUGGGUCAGAACUUUCUGGUUCUGAAAGACUUAGUGGUUCCAGAAGGUGGGAGGGCUCCGUUAGAAUCUAAGCACAUCAAGGUGAAUCUAGAGUUCCGGAAGCUUGGAAUCCGUCAGUCUCAGAUUAUGUUCCGUAUUGAGGAGCAGCCGGUGCACGGCCAGCUGAGACUUGAUGUGGAUCAUUCAGACCAAGACGAGGAUUGGACCUUCAGCAUGCUGGACCUGUGGCACGGUAGAGUGAUCUACGUCCAUGGAGGCUCAGAAGACCCUCAAGACUUCUUCAUGUUCUCUGUCUUUACCAACAGCAAGAAGGAGAUCCCCUUUUACCUCAAGGGAAACAAACUACACCGCUUCAACAUCAGCGUCACUCCCGUCAAUGACGCUCCCGAGCUCAGCCUCCCUGAGGGAAGUCUCUUCAUCCUCCUGGAGAACUCCAAACGCCACCUAAACACGGAUGUUCUCAGAGCCACCGACCUGGACAGCAACUCCACAGACCUAGUUUUCACCAUCCUGGGAAACAAUAAUGCUGAAGCAGGGUUACUGGAGAACCAGGACCACCCAGGGACGGCCAUCACCACCUUCUCCCAACCCGACCUGGAGGAGGGGAAGGUCAGCUACGUGCACACCGGAGGGCUGGUGAGGAACUCCCGGAUGGCUGUGAGGGUCAGUGAUGGAGACAAGGUGAGCAACACAGUAGUACUAAGGAUCAUGGCUGUCCAGCUUGAGCACAAGGUGGCCAACAACACAGGGGUGGAGGUGUAUCAGGGUGGGGCUGCCGUCAUCAGCAGCCAACACCUGGCUAUGCAGGUCAACGUUGUGAAGCAGGGCUUCGACAUCCGCUAUGACGUGGUGGAGGCGCCACGAUAUGGCGAACUGCAGCGGCUGCACUCCAGCGGAGAGUGGAAGCCCACCUCUGUCUUCUCACAGAAGCUUCUGGAGAAAGAGCGCAUCAGGUACCUAGCUGUGUUGUUUGAUCUAUGUUUGUGUGCAAUUGUCCAUUGUUUUAACACCACGAGUUGAAGGAAAUAUUUCAAUUUUAUGAAAUAAUUUAAUGGACAAUAAAUGUUUUAUUUUCGAUUCUAUUCAGGUACCUCAACACCUUCCAGGAGAUCAGGACAAGCAACGUCACAGAUCAGUUCAAAUGCAGGGUCAGUGUGGGCUCAGCAGCGACUGAUGAACUGGUUUUCCACAUCACGGUGCGGUGGAUCCACUUCAAGGUCACCAGGAGUAAGAUGGAGGUCAGCGGUGUGAGGAAAGUAGUCCUUAGCAAUGAGGAGCUCCGUGUUGUCUCCAAGGGUGUGAAGCUCCAUGACAGUGAACUUCACUUCAGAAUGCUAUCCCUGCCAAAUAAAGGACAGCUCGUGUUCAAAGACAAAGUCUUAAUGAAAAACUCAACAUUUAGCCAGAAGAAUAUAUCUGACCACAUGGUGAAAUAUGAGGUUACAGGUAGGCCUCAUGAGGCCACGAGGGACUCGUUUGGUUUCCAGGUGUUCUCCAAACACGCACACUCAGGGGGUUACGACUUCAGAAUAAACAUCAAGGCGGAUGUUCAUAGCCUGAUCCCAACAAACAAAGGACUGUCCAUCCUGGAAGGAGAAAGCAAGGUAAUCACCAAGGAUUUACUGUUUGCUGAAACAGUCGGGGCCAAAGCAGUACUUUAUACCCUCACCCGCAGUCCUAAACAUGGCAAGCUAAAGAGGAUCAAUCUCUCUAAUUCUACGUCUAUUAACGAUAACAUCACAGCUUUCACCAAUCAGGACAUCUUAGAGGAGCGCAUUAUGUACAUGCACGAUGGCAGUGAAACCACGGAAGACGCGUUCAUGUUCCACACCACCGUCGCCAAACACACCAAAGGACACAAUCACAAACGCACACACUCAAAAAAAGAAAACACUCACACCAUUGACGACAUCUUCAACAUCUCGAUUGCCCUUGUCAACGACGAGAAACCGGUCCGCGUUGUCGAUAAAGUUUUCCACGUGGCCAGGGGCGGGCAGAGGCUGCUGACAUUAGAUGACCUGCGCUACCACGACGCUGACUCUGACUUUGAUGACAGUCAGCUGGUCUACACUAGACGGGGCAUCCCCAUGGGCGACCUGGUCCUAGUGAACGACACAGGCCACAAGCUGUACCAGUUCAGCCAGGAGGACCUGCAGCAUCGCAGGGUGCUGUUCAUCCACAGGGGGGUCAGUAUGGAGUGAAAUCAGUAACUUUUAUUACACACAAAGACACACACAGUUUUGAUUAUUGCUUUGUUACAGUUACGAAUAUUAAAGAUUUCACUCCAUAGGUCAGCUUCGGACGCUUCGUCCUGUUCGUGUCAGACGGGAAACACUACACAUCCACACUAUUGGAGGUCAUUGCCCAGGACCCAUACAUCCAGGUGGAGAACAGCACAGGCCUGCUGGUCCAGAAAGGCCAUGCGGCCAUCUUGAGUUCGGCCAACUUCAGUGUCUUUACCAACCAGGAUGUCCGAGACGAUGAGGAGGUGCUCUACCAGGUCUUCCUCCCGCCGAGACACGGGCAUCUGUUCCAAAACAACGUUAAGGUAAAAUAAUUUAAAUAGCACCAGCACUGUAUUGUUUGUAAUGUGCAUGUUGUGUGUUGUGAUGUUGUUCUAUGUAAGCCUGUGUCAUUUAAUUUUACCUAGGGCAUCAAAAGUUCAAUUCAAUUCAAAGGCGGACCGGUUCAGUAUAAUUCAAUUAAUUCAAUUCAAUUCAAUUCAAUUUGAAGGUGGAUUGUUUCACUCAGCAUGAUCUGAAGGCGGGCAGCGUGGAGUAUCGCCAUGAUGACAGCAUGAACCUGGCUGACUCCUUCAACUUCACGGUGAGAGUUAAAGAGGUGCGUCUUGACGCCAGCGUUGGGGUGAGGGUGUACCUGGAGAGCCACCAGCAGCCUCCCACUGUAAUCUACAACCACAUUGUAGUGGUGGAGGAGGGCAAGCCUGUCAAGAUCAACAGAGGAGACCUGGAGGUGAGAUACUACAUUGAAGUUCCCUAUCACAAGCAGUUUGUUUCUGUAUAGAACCAUGGGCUAUCGUCACACGUUUUAGUUGUAAGGGAGGACACAAUAACAGAUCCCAUUAGCUUAGCAGGGGUGUUACACAAGUUUUAUGCUUAGGAAUAAUACUAGAAUUAAUUUACAAACAUAGACACAUUUACACGUUACUUUUUUGUCUUGUAAAACACCACACCUCUCAAAUACCACCAAAUAGUCUAAUCUCAUGUCAUGUCACAUCUUUCAUCUCACCUCUGUUUUCAGGUGACCCAUAAGGACAGCCUCCCCUCUGAGAUAGUGUUCAAGGUGAAGACGGCUCCAUCCCACGGGUUCCUCCAUAGGUCAACCAAGGGAGAGGACCAUCACUACCAGGGUCGCAGAGAGGAGACCAUCCACGCCUUCUCCCAGGAGGAUGUCAACACUGGACACAUCCAGUACCUCCAGGUGGAUUCAGACCAGACCCACGACUCCUUCCUCCUGGACGCCUCCAACGGCAUCACAGAUGUCCAUGACAUCAGGUAAGUAGAUGAUAGGCUGACCAGAAGUCCAUGACACCAGGUAGGUAGAUGACAGGCUGACCAAAGGUCCAUGACAUCAGGUAGAUAGAUGUCAGGCAGACCAGCAGCAGGGAGGUUGCCGGUUCAAGCAAAACAUUUGAAUUAUUCUUGUUAGGUUCUGACAAACAGAGUGAAAAACUAACGGACUACUAGUCAAAGCACAAACCAAGUUUAUUCACCCACUGGUUCAAACAGCUGAAAAGGCAAAUACAUGUUUACACAGGUACAUAUACAGUUGAAGUCGGAAGUUUAUAUACACCUUAACCAAAUACAUUUAAACUCAGUUUUUCACAAUUCCUGACAUUUAAUUCUAGUAAAAAUUCCCUGUCUUAGGUCAGUUAGGAUCACCACUUUAUUUUAAGAAUGUGAAAUGUCAGAAUAAUAGUAGAGAGAAUGAUUUAUUUCAGCUUUUAUUUCCUUCAUCACAUUCCCAGUGGGUCAGAAGUUUACAUACACUCAAUUAGUAUUUGGUAGCAUUGCCUUUAAAUUGUUUAACUUGGGUCAAACGUUCCACAAGCUUCCACAAGCUUCCCACAAUAAAUUGGGUGAAUUUUGGCCCAUUCCUCCUGACAGAGCUGGUGUAACUGAGUCAUGUUUGUAGGCCUCCUUGCUCGCACACACUUUUUCAGUUCUGCCCACAAAUGUUCUAUAGGAUUGAGGUCCGGGCUUUGUGAUGGUCACUCCAAUACCUUGACUUUGUUUUCCUUAAGACAUUUUGGCACAACUUUGGAAGUAUGCUUGGGGUCAUUGUCCAUUUGGAAGACCCAUUUGCGACCAAGCUUUAACUUCCUGACUGAUGUCUUGAGAUGUUUCAAUAUAUCCACAUAAUUUUCCUUCCUCAUGACGCCAUCUAUUUUGUGAAGUGCACCAGUCCCUCCUGCAGCAAAGCACCCCCGUAGCAUGAUGCUGCCACCCCCAUGCUUCACGGUUGGGAUGGUGUUUACAUUUACAUUUUACAUUUUAGUCAUUUAGCAGACGCUCUUAUCCAGAGCGACUUACAGUUAGUGAGUGCAUACAUUUUUCAUACUGUAGAAUAAGAACUCACAUCAGCUCUAUUCAUGGCAUUUCUAUCUGCAACAUUCGACGUUUGGAAACUGAACGUGGCCUUGUAUUCUACCCAGCGACAGUGCAUGAAGGAAAAACGUCCCUGAUUGGUUGAAAGAUUUUUUUUUUUUACAUUAUUACAAUAUCUAUAUUGCCCUAGUUCUUAAAAUAAAAUAGGUCAAAAUAAAUAAGAUUGAUGUAGAUAGUUACAGUAGAUUGUUGGUGGUGAUGUCUUAAUAACAAUAACGAUUUUACCAAAUUAAUGAUCUGACCAACAUUGCAAGCAGAACGUUUACACCGCUAUGAACAGAGUAGGGUCGGGUGAAAUUGGUAUCAUUCAGGACAGUAAUAUUAAGACCUGCAAUGAUCCCCAAAACAAUUUUUCUUAAAGUUGAUGCAUUGUUUUAUAUUUUAAUUGCUCUACUGUACUGUCUAAAGCAUGUAAGCAAAGCUUGCCUCCAAAAUGCAUGUUUUCUAAACAUUUCAGAUGGUCUACAUUACAGCUCUGAAUCAUUAUCUUAAAGCCUUGUCAUAAAACAAGUAAUUUAAUAUUGGCCUGAAAGCCAUUGAUGACAAUUCCAACACAUUGGGAGAAAAAAAAAGGUUUUCCAACCCAGCUCUUUUAAAAACAAGCGUAUUACCUUUCCAUGUAAUAUAUUGUAUAUCAAGCAUUCAAUAUCUUGAUCUAACAGCAAAUAAGACUUCCUCUGGUCAAUGGAUCAUAACGAAAUUAAAACCAACACUCCUUGGUCUCACAAUAUGAUCAAUUUUCUUUAUAAACUGCAAAGCCAAAAACCUUGAGGUAUGUGCGCUUUAAAAAACAUACUGCCGCCCAUGCACCAUGAAUGCACCCAGCACUGCAUGGGGCGCAUUGAAUAGUACAGUACUCCUGAAUCCCAGUCUUCAGUGAGAUGACGCAAUGGUGAGUCAGUUGUAUGAAAUGCGCCACCUAGUGGAGAGGAGAGCGCACUAGAAGCACUCUCCUCUCCACUAGAGGAGUACUGUACUAAAAGGUGAGAAGGAACCCAGCACAGGAAAUGACCAUUAAUGCUGUCUGGCAAGUUGUUACACAUCAUCUUUAAAUAUAAAAGAGAAAAAGAAGAGAAAAACAGGGGGGGUGCAGAGGCAAAGUGGGGUGAGAAUUGAGGAAUGACAUUCUUUGACUACUCAGAACCCAGAGAGAAACUACUGAGCAAAAUGGGAGACAGAAUAUGGAAGAUUGUGGGGGAAUGAGAACCAGAGAGAUGAACAUUGACAGUGUUUAAAGGAUAGGGGCAAGGAGAACAGACAUUUCAUUUAAAGGAUAGGGGGUGAUGGGAAAUGACUAAGCAAAAGACCCCAAAAUGCUGCACAGGAAAUGGGUAUUUCAUGGAGCCAGCAACUAAUCCCAACAUCCCACCCUGAACAAACAUAGCUUUCGAUACCAUUCAGAUGAGAGGAGCAAGUGGGAAUGACAAAGGGGGUAGAGCAGGGGUGUCAAACUCAUUCCAUGGAGGCCGAGUGUCUGCGGGUUUUUGGUUUUUCCUUUCAAUUAAGUUCCUUACUAGUUAGUGACCUUAAUUCAUCAACCAAGUACAAGGGUGGAGCGAAAACUCAGCCCAUUGUGGAAUGAGUUUGACAUGUGGGGUAGAGGAAUUUAUUAUAUAAACAAAUUACAAAGCAAUGGUGAGGUGAACAUAGUGAACAUGGUGUGAUGGAAUAUUUUAAAUGGUUCUUUAUUAAUCAUCGGCUUCCAAAUAAACUAAAACUCAAAAGAUUCAAACCUUUUUUUAUGCAUCUACAAAAAGAAAAAGCAAAGCUAUUUCACAUCCAUGAUUGCGUUUUCAAAUCAUUGGUUUUUGGGAAGAAGAACAAAACGUGUCCGCUUCUUGAUCUUUGUGAAUCCAUAAACUAAAGGGUCCAUCUGCACAUAUCCACCUGUGCUCUCAGUGUGUGGUGUGUGCCGUUGUUACCAUCUGACCAUGCAGAUUGACCCCAUUCCAUACACAUACACACACACACAAACCUCUCAAACAGGAUGUACAAAAGCUUGUGUUUAGCAUCAAAACAGUGCAGGGCCCUAACCAACAGUAAAGCCUCCUUUCCUCUCCCCAUUCCCCCUCCCUAUCCCCAUCUCUCCUCCCUCUCCCCAUUCCCCCUCCCUAUCCCCAUCUCUCCUCCCUCUCCCCAUUCCCCAUUCCCCCUCCCUAUCCCCAUCUCUCCUCCUUCUCCCCCAGGUCUGCAUUUCCAUCACUGAAAGGAAGGACCAAUUUCAUCUACAAAGUGACAGGAGAAGAGAGUAGGGGAAAGGGAGGAAAUACAAACAGAAUACAACAAACCUCUCUUUCAGACACACGCACGGACAUACACUCAAACAGUUCAAAACAGUAUCAGAGAAAAAGAGGACCGAACCCUAGGUACUGUCUGCUUUGUUGCCGUUUGGUGAUGAGGGAGAUAGAAGUAGGGAGGUAGAGAAAGAGUGUGUGGGGGAGGGGGGGGGGGGGGGGGGGGCGACAGGGGUGCUUGGUUCAGGGAGCGGUGUCCAGUGGGUGUUAUUUCUUGGCCUUUCCGCCCUUAGCGGAAUUUCGUGGCGGGGUGACCGGGCGUCCAGAUCCCAUUCCUCCACCUCCACCUUAAGAGUAGAGCUUCUUAUCCGCUGGCUUGAGAAUCUGAAAGGAGCACAUGAGGGUCUCAUCCACACUCAUCAUGGCACCGGCAUUAUCAAACUCUCCACAGUAGUUAGGGGCAGAGAACAGAGUAACAAGCUGUCUCUUUGCAAAGAACUCGUAACCGUCUUCUACCACCUGAUGUGCCCUGCAUAUAAGGUCCAUGUCAUGUUUGUGCAAAAAUAUGGCCACCACAUCUGCCCCGAAUGUAAAGGAGACCCCACGGUCGUUCUCGCCCCAGCCCAGGACAUCUUUGUCUGGGUCGGCCCACAGCAGGUCACUCAGCAGGCCCUGGUCAGGCACAUCUGUGGGUCGCAUCACUCUGCGCACCUGCUCCAUGGACUGGAGGUCUGGAGAGAGGCCUCCAUGGCAGCAGAAGAUCUUCUCAUCUACAAUUGCAGCCACGGGUAAACAGUUGAAGCAGUCUGUGAACGUCUUCCACAGCUUGAUGUUAUACCGUCUCUUACACUCAUCAUAAAAGCCAUAGAUACGGUUAAUGGAGGCGCAAUCUUGGUUGCCACGCAGCAGGAAGAAGUUCUCGGGUAUUUGAUCUUGUAGGCCAGAAGCAGGCAGAUGGUCUCCAGGGACUGCUUCCCUCGGUCCACAUAGUCCCCUAGGAACAGGUAGUUGCUCACCGGGGGGAAGCCUCCGUACUCAAACAGCCGCAGAAGGUCAUAGUACUGACCAUGGACAUCACCGCAGAUCUUGAGUGGUGCCUCAAGCUCGAGCAGGAUUGGCUGGCUGAGGAAGAUUUUGCGAGGCUUAAGGCAAAGGCCACGGAUCUCGUUCUCUGUCAGCUGAACGUUUUUGCCUGGUCGAGAGCCCUUAACUUCCCGAAGACGCUGUAUUAUGGAGUGGAUGUUUAAUUUGUCCGGGUCCGCCAUUUUACUUAUUUUUUUGUCGUGGUUCAGGCAGUCAAGAACUUCGUUUCGUGUUGCUUCUUUGAUUUGACAAUAGUCUUCCCGUGGAGAAGACAGGGGUCUUUCAGCUCUGUUUUGGUCCUUUUUCUCUUCGUAUUUCAGAGUCCCUCUUUCUCUUCCCCCACUGAACUUAAAAAGGUGUUCUUCGGCUUGCAAGCAUUCCCCUAUUUCCUCCAAACAUAACGAUGGUCAUUAUGGCCAAACUGUUCCAUUUUUGUUUCGUCAGACCAGAGGACAUUUCUCCAAAAAGUACGAUCUUUGUCCCCAUGUGCAGGUGCAAACCGUAAUCUGGCUUUUUUAUGGCGGUUUUGGAGCAGUGGCUUCUUCCUUGCUGAGCGGCCUUUCAGGUUAUGUCGAUAUAGGACUCGUUUUACUGCGGAUAUAGAUAAUUUUGUACCUGUUUCCUCCAGCAUCUUCACAAGGUCCUUUGCUGUUUGUUCUGGGAUUGAUUUGCACUUUUCGCACCAAAGUACGUUCAUCUCUAGGAGACAGAACGCGUCUCCUUCCUGAGCAGUUUGAUGGCUGCAUGGUCCCAUGGUGUUUAUACUUGCGUACUAUUGUUUGUACAGAUGAACGUGGUACCUUCAGGCGUUUGGAAAUUGCUCCCAAGGAUGAACCAGACUUGUGGAGGUCUACCAUUUUUUUUCUGAGGUCUUGGCUGAUUUCUUUUGAUUUUCCCAUGAUGUCAAGCAAAUAGGCACUGAGUUUGAAGGUAGGCCUUGAAAUACAUCCACAGGUACACCUCCAAUUGACUCAAAUGAUGUCAAUUAGCCUAUCAGAAGCUUCUAAAGCCAUGACAUCAUUUUCUGGAAUUUUCCAAGCUGUUUAAAGGCACAGUCAACUUAGUGUAUGUAAACGUCUAACCCACUGGAAUUGUGAUACAGUGAAUUAUAAGUGAAAUAAUCUGUCUAUAAACAAUUGUUGGAAAAAUUACUUGUGUCAUGCACAAAGUAGAUGGCCUAACCGACUUGCCAAAACUAUAGUUUGUUAACAAAAAUUUGUGGAGUGGUUGAAAAACAAGUUUUAAUGACUCCAACCUAGGUGUAUGGAAACUUCCAACUUCAACUGUAUUUAUACCCUCUUUCUAGGCUGAGUCUCCUCCUUACACAUCUAGUCAGCCAAUACAUCUCUGUUGCUAGGCAGGACUUUAGUGGUGACUGUUCUUUCUCACUUCAGCUGACCUGACCUCGACCCGCAUUCCUCACUCCUCCCCAACUCACAGCUGUCCUACCUUAUCAGUGACUAAAACCAGACUGUGGCCCUUCUCCUCUCCAUAGGAUACCUGAGAUUUAACCAUAACAUGUUCUGACAGAAUGUAAACUUCCUCUCCUCCCCUUUCUCCCUCAGUAGAUGCCAUCCACUCAGUUCAAAUAGUGUAAGAUAUUUCAAGUUAGAAGUUCGAAUCCAACACUCUCCAUCCAGGCGCACUGCACCGUGGCUGACACCGUGCCUCUGUGUGUGUGUGUUGGGGAAAAAGGCAGAAGAUUAGUUUCCGUUCUAACCAAAUGGACAAUAAAGCAUCUCAUUCUAUUUAAUUCUAUUCUAUCAGGGUCUCUGUGGACAUCAUCCCAAUCCACAUCCCUCUCAAUGUCUUCAACGUGACCUUGGAAGAAGGGUCAUCCACGGCCCUGACCAAGGAGGUCCUACAGGUCACCAACAGACACUUCUCUCAGGUAGACUUCUUCUACCAUGUAUCUGAGCCACCAAGCCACGGUCAUAUUGAACACGCACGCAUUUCUGGACUCUCCAUUUCUUUCUUCACACGCAAACAGGUUAGUAAAAGGUCCAAGGUCAUCUAAGUUCUUAUCUUCUUCAGGUGGAACAUCUUCUACCAGUAGGGUUUUAAAAAUAGUGUCUCUACUGGGCAGAUGGAAUUAUACCGGACAGAUAGAUUUCCUAACCUUUGGGUCAUUUCUGUGGUUUCAGGUGGAUUCAGGGCAUAUUUAUUAUGUCCACGAUGGAAGUGAUACACUGGCAGAUAACUUCACCAUUAUCGCCAAUGACACAGACACCAGAAAGCACAGCCAGCCCUGCACGGUGUUCGUCCAUGUGACGCCUGUCAAUGAUGAGGCCCCAGUAAUCACAGCCAACAGGAUUCUAAAGGUGAGUUUUUUGUGUGUUUAUAACACAAUAAUACUGUAGUAACAGAUAUGUGUAAUAACAGAGAUGGAAGGAACUCCAGAAACUGGCACAAAAAAAGUGUGAGGAAUUUGUGAUUGACCUAUGCUAGUAUGCUCCUCCUAAGUAAUGUCGGUGUGUUUUAGUCUCAUGAUUUUGAGGAACAGGAUUUAUAAGAAAAAUGUGUCAUUGGGCUCUAUUUUGGGAGUGGUCAGGAAACUGUGUCACUGGUCGUUUGGCAACUUCCUGUACUGUCAUGAAAAAUAAUUUAGCAAAGGCUUAGAGUUGAGAGUUUGCCCCAACUUAUCAAAUAGUUGGAAUUCCUGACAUACUCUCAACUGUCCCUCUUAACCUUGAGAUGUUUCUGUUGUUGCUGGAGUUGAGUCCAAUUGAGUUAUUUUGUUGUUCAAAUGUAUGAGCCACAGUUUAAUGUUUACACCCUUGUGACUUCGAAUAUAAGAGUGUAGCAUUGUUCCAAGAAAAGUAAUUAAGUUAAGAAUCUGGUAUUUUGAACAUUCAGUCAAGAUUGCAUGCAUUUCCUUUUCUGGUAUUAUUGAAGUACCCAAACUGUCCACAAGGAGGACAUCACUCUCAGUGGUGGUAUCAGACAACAACCAACUUUCAUGACAUACUGUAGGUUAGUGGUUCCCAACUAGGGGUACUUGGCCUAUCCACAGGGGGUACUUGAGAAGACUCAUGAGACCAUAGGCCUACUGCUAAAAUGCACAUGAGGAGGUAUUUAAACACCCUAAGGUCGAUGUCCACACCCCGCGGAAAUCUAAAUAGCAUUAUACAAAAAUCCCCAUUAAAAGCCUGUCAAUUUAAGCUAGAGAUAUCCGUUUUUUUUGCAUUAGAUCCUCCGCAUCCGCCGAUGUCGCAUUUCCACAUCUGCAGUGAAAGGUGACAGAGCUAGAGCGGUGUUUAUCAGACCAUGAGACAUCCCCAAAAUCGGUCUUCUCACAAAAUCGUCUGUAGCGUCCAAACGGUUUGGCCUAUAAAACUAUCAUGUUUUGCUCUACGACCCCCACAAGCAUCUUGGGACUCGUCUGAAGUCCGUACAGCCGAUCUGCCAACUUCCAUCUGUAGCGUCUGAACAGUUUGGACUACACACUAAUAUGACCCCUGUGUGGAAAGGUGAGGCUCUCACGAACACGUACAUGUUUUGCUCUAUGAUGCCUACAGGCCUCACAAGACAUGUCUGAAGGUCCCCCGGUACCAGUUGAAAAAAUGAAUGGAAGUAUAUAUGGAGACUGUUAGUGCCAAAAAUAAGGGGUUAAAUAUAAAAAAAAAUAUAUAUAUAUACAAAUGUUUUCUACAUUUACAUUUUACAUUUUAGUCAUUUAGCAGACGCUCUUAUCCAGAGCGACUUACAGGAGCAAUUAGGGUUAAGUGCCUUGCUCAAGGGCACAUUAACGUCAUUUAGCAGACGCUCUUAGCCAGAGCGACUCACAAAUUGGUGCGUUCACCCUAUAGCCAGUGGGAUAACCACUUUACAAUUGGGGGGGGGUAGAAGGAUUCCUUUAUCCUAUCCCAGGUAUUCCUUAAAGAGGUGGGGUUUCAAAUGUCUCCGGAAGGUGGUGAGUGACUCCGCUGUCCUGGCGUCGUGAGGGAGCUUGUUCCACCAUUGGGGUGCCAGAGCAGCGAACAGUUUUGACUGGGCUGAGCGGGAACUAUGCUUCCGCAGAGGAAGGGGAGCCAGCAGGCCAGAGGUGGAUGAGCGCAAUGCCCUCGUUUGGGUGUAGGGACUGAUCAGAGCCUGAAGGUACAGAGGUGCCGUUCCCCUCACUGCUCCAUAGGCAAGCACCAUGGUCUUGUAGCGGAUGCGAGCUUCAACUGGAAGCCAGUGGAGUGUGCGGAGGAGGGGGGUGACGUGAGAGAACUUGGGAAGGUUGAACACCAGACGGGCUGCGGCAUUCUGGAUGAGUUGUAGGGGUUUAAUGGCACAGGCAGGGAGGCCAGCCAACAGCGAGUUGCAGUAGUCCAGACGGGAGAUGACAAGUGCCUGGAUUAGGACCUGUGCCGCUUCCUGUGUAAGGCAGGGUCGUACUCUCCGAAUGUUGUAGAGCAUGAACCUGCAGAAGCGGGUCACCGCCUUGAUGUUGGCGGAGAACGACAGGGUGUUGUCCAGGGUCACGCCUAGGCUCUUCGCACUCUGGGAGGAGGACACAGCGGAGUUGUCAACCGUGAUGGCGAGAUCAUGGAACGGGCAGUCCUUCCCCGGGAGGAAGAGCAGCUCCGUCUUGCCAGGGUUCAGCUUGAGGUGGUGAUCCGUCAUCCAUACUGAUAUGUCUGCCAGACAUGCAGAGAUGCGAUUUGCCACCUGGUUAUCGCCACCUGGUUAUCAGAUCUAUCUGAUCUUAUAUCUCUCAGAUGUUUGAAAAUGUAUGCACUCCCUAACUGUAAGUGGCUCUGGAUAAGAGCGUCUGCUAAAUGACUCAAAUGUAAAUGGAAUAUAAGACAGACACUUCAGAACAAACAUCCUUUUGAUAUUUAUGGGUACUCAUUUUUCAUCAAAUUAUAUAUUUUUAUUCUUCAAGGGGUCUUAAAAUUCAAAAUCAAAUAGCAAAAUGAUCCUUGGUAUGACCUUAAAAUAAUUCCAUAUAGUUUAGUAGAACCCCCCCCUCGCCUUAGACAGGGUUUAGACUCUAAAGAAUUAAGGGGUUCUCUGGGCAGAGCAAAGAUUCAGUUGGUGGUACAGUAACCAAUAAAGGUUGGGAACCACUGCUGUAGGUUGUGGUACAAUAUGGUGGUAGAAUAUUGAUAGAAUUUCCAUGUUUGACAGAAAUCUUUUCAAUUCUCAAUCUUUCUUUCUGCUUGUUUUGCUUGUCCUCUUCUCUACCUGUAACUGUCCUCUUCUCUACCUGUAACUGUCCUCUUCUCUACCUGUAACUGUCCUCUUCUCUACCUGUAACUGUCCUCUUCUCUACCUGUAACUGUUCUCUUCUCUACCUGUAACUGUCCUCUUCUCUACCUGUAACUGUCCUCUUCUCUACCUGUAACUGUCCUCUUCUCUACCUGUAACUGUCCUCUUCUCUACCUGUAACUGUCCUCUUCUCUACCUGUAACUGUCCUCUUCUCUACCUGUAACUGUCCUCUUCUCUACCUGUAACUGUCCUCUUCUCUACCUGUAACUGUCCUCUUCUCUACCUGUAACUGUCCUCUUCUCUACCUGUAACUGUCCUCUUCUCUACCUGUAACUGUCCUCUUCUCUACCUGUCCCCUAUACAGGUGUGGGUGAACUCAGUCACAGAGAUCAGUGUAGGUGACCUGUGUGCUGAGGACAGUGACUCUCCACCUGAGGACCUAGAAUUCAUCGUGACCCCACCUAGUAACGGUCACCUGGCCCUGAAGAGCGCCCCUUCCAGGCACAUCCUCAACUUCACCCAGACACACAUCCUCCACGGACAGCUGGUGUUUGUCCACAGUGGUGAGACUAUGUAUACUGUAUAGUAGAUAUCAAUAGGAGGUAGCUUAUAGAAUAGAAGGUUAGGAGGGCUGAAGGGUGCCAACAAAAUGCUGCCGAUGCAAGUGGACAAUAUACAACAUGCAAGUUAGACAUACAAGUCAUAUCCCUCUUCUGGGGGAUUAUAAGGGUUAUAACCACAGACUACUGUACUGUAGUAUAUCCAACGACCGGAAGCGUUAAGACAGACUUUUGUUCCUUGCAGGUGCCUUGUCCGGAGGUUUCCACUUCCAGGUCAAUGAUGGGGUGAACUUUGCCCCACGACAGAUCUUCAGCACCACGGCCCGCUCCCUGGUCCUCAGCCUGGAGCGGAACCAUGCCCUCACAGUGUUCCCAGGUAACAGUAACUAGAUACACUGAGUAUAUAAAACAUUAAGAACACCUGCUGUUUCCAUGACAUAGACUGACCAGGUGAAUCCAGGUGAAAGCUAUGAUCCCUUAUUGAUGUCACUUGUUAAAUCCACUUCAAUCCGUGUAGAUGAAGGGGAGGAGACAGGUUAAAUAAAUAUUUUUAAGCCUUGAGACAAUUGAGACAUGGAUUGUGUAUAUGUGCCAUUCAAAGGGUGAAUGGGCCAGACAAAAUAUUUAAGUGCCUUUGAAUGGGGUAUGGUAGUAGGUGCCAGGCACACCGGUCAAGAACUGCAACACUGCUGGGUUUAUCGCGCUCAAAAGUUUCCCGUGUGUAUCAAGAAUGGUCCACCACCCAAAGGACAUCCAACCAACUUGACACAACUCUGGGAAGCAUUAGAGUCAACAUGGGCCAGCAUUCCUAUGCAACGCUUUCGACACCUUGUAGAGUCCAUGCCCUGACAAAUUGAGGCAAAGGGGGGGGGGUUGUAACUCAAUAUUAGGAAGGUGUUCCUAAUGUUUGGUAUACUCAGUGUAUAUAGACGUCGAACCACGCCCUCACAGUGUUCCCAGGUAACAGUAACUACAUAUAUAGAACAUGAACCAGUUAUGGUGUUCCCAGGUAGCAGUAACUACAUAUAUAGAACAUGAACCAGUUAUGGUGUUCCCAGGUAGCAGUAACUACAUAUAUAGAACAUGAACCAGUUAUGGUGUUCCCAGGUAGCAGUAACUACAUAUAUAGAACUUGAACCAGUUAUGGUGUUCUCAGGUAACAUAAGAGGAAAUAGAACUAUAGCCACCCCCUACACCAUAAUCAGAAAUUGUUUUAUUGUCCUACAAGAGGAAAAUCUUGGUACAGCUCACAAAGUGAAUAUAUAAAACAUAUAUGAAACACAGCAAGAAACAAACAACAGACAGAUAUAAAUAGUAUUCCCCGCCGCCACCACCUGCAUUAGCCUCAUUGCCUAAGCCUGGUCCCAGAUCUGUUUGUGUUGUCUUGCCAACUCUUUUGGUGAUUCACAUGACAAUGACCACAGGAGUUGUCAAGACAGCACAAACAUAUCUGGGACCAGGCUAGUAAACCCCUAGUCUUUCUGCUGCAGUAUAAAGUCAUUCUCAGCCUGUACUGAAUCAGAUUAUCAUGGUGCCAGCUGCCAGCCUUUACUGAAUCAGAUUAUCAUGGUGCCAGCUGCCAGCCUUUACUGAAUCAGAUUAUCAUGGUGCCAGCUGCCAGCCUUUACUGAAUCAGAUUAUCAUGGUGCCAGCUGCCAACCUUUACUGAAUCAGAUUAUCAUGGUGCCAGCUGCCAGUCUUUACUGAAUCAGAUGACCAUGGUGCCAGCUGCCAGCCUUUACCAGCUGGUUAUGUGGUAGGUUGCUAAGUAACUUAAUCAUACUUAACUUAUCAGCCAUUAUGCCUACUGGCCAGGGGCCUUGUUUAUCAAGACUAUAUGAUAACAGAGGUGGCAUAGUCUUACAUUAUACAGAAAGGUAAUCCAAUCGCCCUUGAGAACUUGCUAACAGUACAGUAUGGGAUGCUUCCUAUUAUCUAUGCCCACUUCAACAACAAAGUUUAUCACAUGAUAUUGUCAGUUUGCCUUUUGUAGGGUGAUUUUAACUUGAUACCCUGGUCGUGUUCAGUAAGGUAGUAAAUGUUUUCUCCAUGUUUCAAUAGGUUUUAGGCAGAGGCUGCGCGAAUGGAUUGAACCGCCCCAUUCUGCCCCUGUCCUGCCCCCCAGGAUGCCUCUUCCCCAGAGCUAAACAACCGUAUCACGUUCUGCGCAUGUGUUACUUUAGGCAUGUAAUCUUCAUAGAUAUGCUUGAUGUAAUCUUCAUAAUAUGCUGCCAUAUCAUAGACUGAAAAGCUGACAAAAAGAACACUACUACUUUGACUGCCUGUCUGCAUCCUGAUGAUGUAAUCUUCCAAGAUAAUGCUGUCUAGAUAGCGGCAUGUAACUCCCCACCUAAAAAAACCAACAUUAAAUAGCUACUUAGACUGCCUGUCUGCCUCCUGCUUAUGUUUGGAAUACUGCAAUGUCCUUUUAGUUACAACAGACAAAGAAGUUUGUACAACAUCUUGAUCAUGUCUUUUAUAGUUACAGCAGAAGUUUGUACAACAUGCCUUUCACCAGACAAAGACGUCCGAUCAUCGGCGUACAUUUUUCGGGUGUAAAGUAGCACAAUUGCAGAAGGUACGGUUGUUUAGCUAUCGGAAAGAGGUGUCCAGAGAAUCUGGUCACGCAGCCACUCUGCAGGUUUUAUCCCUACUAAACACGGUCCUGUUUUUGUCUCUGCAGGCUCUGUGAAGACCAUCUCUCAGAAUGACCUUCUGGUGGUUACCAAUGACAACGGUGACAUGAGAGGGAACCACUCCAUCCUUUACAGUGUUACCAGUCCUCCAAAGCUGGGGAGACUGCUCAGAAAACAGACAGACAACUCUACUGCAGAGAUCUCCUCAUUCACACAAGACAUGGUGGGCCUAUGUGUGUUUGUGUAAUCUCACGUCUUACAGUAAAGUGAAUAGAGAGACAGUUUUAUUUAUGUUUGGCACGGUUAUGUUUUCUUUACAAGACACAUUUUAAGAGUGUCUUUGCAUCAAUAACUUGGAUUUUGACGUUACAAUAUCCCUGUCCUCUUUUCUCUGUUGUCUUGUUAUUUUAGGUGAAUGAGGGUUUGAUUAGUUAUGACCAAACCCAUCCUGAAACGUUGGGAUGGACGACCACAGACUCCUUCACUUUCACAGUGUCUUCAUCCUCUGUCUCUCUUCAACCCCACGUCUUCAGCAUCCAUAUCUCCUAUGAGCAUGCUCCUGCAGAGCGCAACACCAUCCUCACUGCUAAUACUGGUGAGUCAGUUAGUCUGUGUUGCUGUUAGAUAGACAGACAGACAGACAGACAGGCAGACAAAGGCUCUACUGGACUCUUGACAGUAGUAUGCCCAGCUAACCUACCCUGCAGAAUACCAUCGCUGGUCCAAAACCUCAAGUUAAACUUUUGAAUGUAUUCUUAUUUGCAAUGACAAUCCUGAUAUUGAUGAAUGUCAAAUUAAAGCUUUUUGUUUAUGUUUGUAUGUUGUUCCUCUGUCUUACCAGGUGCUGUUGUGACUGAAGGUGGCAGAGUGGUGAUUGACAAGAUGCAGCUGGAUGCCUCUAACCUGCUGGGCAAGCUGUUGGAACCCCAGCGACAUUCCUACGAGGUCUGGUACCACGUCACCUCUCUACCCCAGCACGGCAUAAUCACCGUGGGAGAACGCAACCUGACCAGCGCCAAACCCAACUUCUCCCAGUUCAUCCUGGAUAAUUUCGGCAUCACGUACCAGCACGACGACUCCGAGACGACCCAGGACUUCUUCACCUUCGAGGCUUGGCUGAACCGUAAGGGCCAGCCUCCCCAGAGACGCUCAGAGCCCAGCCUGAUAGUAACAGAGUCGUUUGACCUCACAGUGACCCCUGUCAAUGACCAGCCGCCCCUGCUCCGGACCAAGGCCCCCAGUCUGAGGCUGGUGCAAGGGGACACAGUGGUCUUCAGCCCUGAGAACCUCCUGGUGGAAGACCUGGACACCCCACCAGAAGAGAUCCAUUACAAGGUCUUCUUCAAGUCGUCCUUCACCGUCCUUCACCUUUACAGCCCCUCAUUGUUUACACCUUACUUGUUGUUGUCAUUUUUACAGUAAUUCUGUUUUCCCUCCCUACUUUUUUUCUGUGUGUUGUUGAGACACAUCUGUGAAAUGCAUUGACAUUUUAUUUUAUUUGAUUUAGGUGAUCAGCAAACCCAACAAUGGCUUCCUGUCUCUGGGAGAGCAGCUGAAUGAGACAGUGUCUGCCUUCUCCCAGGCGGACAUUAACCAUGGCAGAGUCCACUUCGUCCAGGACGGAGAACCCUCUUCAGGGGUGUUCUACUUCAGUGUGACCGACGGGUUCCACCGGCCGCUAUACAAGCUCUUCAACCUGGAGGUCGCUGCAGCAACCGUCUCCAUGGUGAACAACACAGGCUUGAGGCUGGUGCAGGGUCAGACAACUGCUACCUUAACAACAGAACACCUGGCUGCAGAGACCAAUGGGAGACACAGUGUGACGAUUCACUAUAGAGUGACCACACCGCCACACCACGGCAGUCUCCUCAUGUCCGACCUGCCAGUCAGUGAGUUUAACCAGGAGGACCUUCACUCAUGCAGACUGUCCUAUCACAUGACGGACCUCACCUCCUCCUCGGACAGCUUUGAGUUCAUAGUCUCGACCACAGAGAGCAACAUGACCGCUCAGACGGUCAAUAUCACGGUCCGACCGCUAAUCCAUUUCAGCAAGCGCGUCCUGAUUCCCAGCGGCAUCGCCGUGAAGCUGAGGAAGGACUAUCUGGACGCCACGGACCUCGCCACGCUCAGUGGCAGCGACCCUGUCUUCCACAUCCUGUCCCCGCCCAAACACGGCAAGUUGGUCAAGUUGACCUUUGACCUAUUGGACGGUGUCAAUCACUCGGUGGAGUCGUUUACCUUCCGGGACGUGGUGCAGGGCAGGGUGGCCUUAGAGGAGACCCUGGCACAUCAAAGACACAGCAACAACACUGCCAAUCAAUCAACAUCUUUACUGUCCCAAUUAGGGACCGCCGACCACAACACAACAGAGAUCCAUGUGUCCAUGCUCAAUGACUCCUUUUCGUUCCUUCUGAGGGCGGAUAAUGUCCAGCCGGCCGUAGGAGAGUUUCUAUUCACCAUCGUGCCAUACAAAGAGAGUUUGAACCACACGACCAGGUCACCUGGGCGCAAUCGAACCACAGGCGGCAAAGGGACUACAAUCCACUCUGCUACCCACCCUCACACCACAAACCACAAGACCCACAACAAGACCCUACAGAAGCAGUUCAAAGGCCGUCACCACUGGGGGAACCAGACCCGCGGAGGUCACCCCAUGAUCCCCACCGUCCCCGGAAACACCCACGGGAAACACAACGUCCACGGCCCCCACAGAAUCACCCCAGUCCGGGUAGAGUCCCUGCCCCGGCCGGCCUCCGACCCCCUGCUGCUCAUCCUGCCCUUCCUGGCCUGCCUGCUGCUCAUCGUCAUCCUGGUGGUGCUGAUCCUGGUGCUGCGCCACCGCAGGGAGAAGAGGGCCUUAUCCAGAGGAGUCAUCCAAGAGCUGGCGGCUGCAGCUGGAGAUGGACGGCCAGAGGGGAGCCCCUACCUGGGCAGGCCGGAGAGGAGCAUUGCGGUCCCCUCAGUGGUGGUGACUCCGCUGCUGGGCCCUAAUAGUUGCCCCAGUACUCCGGUCCUCAAUGUGCUGCGUAGGGGAACGCUGGCUCCACGUGACCCUUGUCUGCUGCUCUGGGCGGUGGACGCUGUUCCUGAUAUGGUACAGGCCCAGCACUGUCAACCCCCCGAGCCCACUUUGAGAGACAACCAGUACUGGGUCUAA